UAUGCCACUUUCGACAUGACAUGGUGCGAUCGUUCUUUGCAUACUUCGCAAGUAAAGCCAAUCAAGAGUUGGUGUUUGGGAUCCACGAGUUCGUCUUGUUGUAAUUGUUGCUCUUUGCAUAAAGGUUGGAAUGUAUGAAACAGGCUGCUGUUGCUACUACGUGUCAUAUUUGUCAGCAGCAGCGCGGCAGCUACGCGUCUUGGCUGGUGCUGUACGGUAAUGCAUGGUGUGAUUGGAGAACGCCACUUGGUAGAAGGCGCUAUAUGCAAGGAUCGCCGUAGACAUGGACUGGAUCGUAGUGUGCGUAAUAGUGCUUGUCUUGGUAGCAUUUCUUGUUGGCGGAAACUGGAAGAGAUAAAUAAAAAAUAUGCAUCAACCAGAACCAGUUCGGUAUCCAAAUUCCUUACCUGGGGUCGUCUGCUGCUUGAAUUUUCCUUCGUUUCUCACAUAGACACAGAACCUUUUCCAACACACAAUGAACCAGAUUAAAGGAGAGCAAGUUAUUGAUUUAGAGCAGCCACUUAUAAAGGUGCCUUAUGAACAACUGCGCAAAUCAGUGAAAUACUCCAACAAGUAUUUGGAAGUUCAAAUGACCAGCAUAAUGGACAAGAUUCAACGUUGCUCCAAAUCAGUAGAACGGAACGAGAUAUCACCAGAAAAGGCGGUUGAGACGAUCGACGAACUUACAGAGCAGUUGGAAAAUACAAAGCGAAAGCUCAAAAAGUAUUGGAACGAAGAAACAGCUCAUGCUAAACGACUCAAAGCGCGCGUAAACCACUUGGAUGAAAUUUCCGGGAUCACAUCGGCCAAAGCACCCGAGUUCCAACGAUGGAGUGACACAAGGUUGAACCGAGUGAUUGUGGAUUAUCUUUUGCGAGCAGGAUUGACAGAAACCGCAAAACAAGUAGCAGCGGCAAACCAUGUUGAGGAUAUGGUGGAUGUGCAGCUAUUUGCCCAGUCUGAAAAAGUGGAGGAAGCAUUACGCAAUCAUAGCUGUAAAGAGUGCCUUCAGUGGUGCUCAGAGAAUCGGUCGUCGCUGAAGAAGCAGGAUAGCACACUCGAGUUCAACCUGCGGCUACAAGAAUACAUUGAGCUUGCACGAGCAGGCAAAGGCAUGGAAGCCAUUGCCUAUGCUCAAAAAUACUUGUCUCCAUGGCAGCCAACAGAAUUCAGACGGAUUCGACAGGCCAUGGCACUGCUCGUGUUCAAGAGUGACACAAAGUGCCAGCCAUACAAGGAUCUCUAUGAUACCCGCCGAUGGUCUGAACUGACGGCACAGUUCCGCGCGGACAAUUACAAACUAUGCUCGCUCACAUCGCAUCCACUUUUGUCAAUCACUUUACAAGCAGGGCUCUCGGCUCUCAAGACGCCACAAUGUUAUCAGCCCGAGAACCGAAACGUGCAUUGUCCAGUGUGCGACUCGGAUACACUAGGGAAAUUAGCAGAGGGACUGCCGUUGAGCCACCACGUCAACUCUACGGUGGUGUGUCGGAUUAGCGGUAAGAUCAUGAACGAGGAUAAUCCUCCGAUGAUGUUACCCAAUGGCCGCGUGUACAGCUAUGAGGCGAUGCAUGAUAUGGCUACUAAGCAGGAUGGCAAGGUGACUUGCCCGAGGACAGGCGAUGUGUUCAAGUUCGAAGAGCUCAAAAAGGUGUUUGUCUCGUAACAAUAAAAGGCAACCAACCCCAAACGAUGUGUCGAUGUCCAUAUUGGGAGAACCGGCCAGCAAAGAGAGAGAAAGCGAGAGGAGUGGGAAAGAAUGGGGAGAUGAUGGGACCAUGAAAAUUGUCUCACAAUUAGGCCGAGGU